GGCAGCUAUAAGAGCUGACCCCCCAGUCUGGCUGGCUUACCUGUCCCGUCUCCAGCUGGAUUCAACAUGGCUUUCAUUCCUCCACCAGGAUACCAGCCCAUCUACAACCCUCCCGUUCCCUACAUCGGACCCAUCUAUGGAAACCUGCGGCCUGGAAUGUCCGUGUACAUCCACGGAGAAGUCCCUCACAGGAUCACCAGGUUUCAGGUGAACCUGCAGUGCGGAAACUACGAGGGCUGCGACGUGGCCCUCCACUUCAACCCACGCUUCGACGGCUGGGACAAGGUGGUGUUCAACACCUUCCAGAACGGGAGCUGGGAGGGGGAGGAGAAGAAGAGGGAGAUGCCAUUCAGGAAGGGGGAGGACUUCGAGCUGAUCAUCAUUGUGAACCAGGACGGGUACCAGAUCAAUGUGAACGGACAGGAGUUCUACCUGUUCCAGCACCGCAUGCCCUGCGAGCGAGUCAACACUCUGGACAUCACGGGGGACGUCAUCAUCAAGAGCCUCAACAUCAUCGGCGGGGGCGCGCCUCAAGGAGGAAUGCCUGGUUAUGGAGGAGGGUUCAUGCCGCAGGGCGGAGGGAUGCCGGGAUAUGGAGGAUCGGGAGGAGGCAUGCCAGGCUGUGGAGGACAGCAGGGAGGAGGCAUGCCAGGCUAUGGUGGACCGCAGGGAGGAGGCAUGCCAGGCUAUGGGGGACCGGGAGGGAUGGAGGGAUAUCCAGGAGGGAACCUACCGGUCAUGGGAGGGCCAGCUGUCUACAACCCAGUUGUUCCCUACUCCAAUAUGAUCCCAGGAGGUCUGACUUCCAAGAGGACUAUCAUUAUUCGAGGGAUGGUCCCACCCGGAGCCAACAGGUUCAACAUUAACUUCUUGGUGGGCUACUCGCGUGACAUUGUGUUCCAUCUGAACCCGCGCAUCUUGGAGAACGUCGUUGCGCGGAACAGCUUCAUCGGGGGCAGCUGGGGCCAGGAGGAGAGGGAGCUCGAGUUUAACCCCUUCCAGGCAGGACAGUACUUUGACAUCUCGGUGCGCUCCGGUAACCAGCGUUUCAAGGUGUUUGUGAACGGCCAGCAUCUCUGCAACUUCAACCACAGGUUCAUGGAGUUCCAGCAGGUGGACACCAUUGAGGUGCAAGGAGACGUCCAGCUGUCCUACGUCCAGUUUUAGUAACCCCAGACCCCAGACUACCACAGUAUUAUUUUUGACCUCAAAAUAACAGAAGCUCUAUGUGAACAACAAACUCCUUGUGCUGUGUUCUGUUCAACCUUCUUCCCAAACAUGUGGCCUGUUCAUAUAAAUACAAAAAUGAUCAUUAAAAUAUUAGGUGUGCGAUUCACGUAACGAGAAAUUAUUUUCACUUAAGUGUCUGACUUGAGUAAAAUAUGUUUAAAAUUUGGCCCAAUUUAAAUAAAAAUGUAACGAAAAA